AAAAAUAAUGGAAACAGGACAGGUUUUUUGUUUUUUUAGCACUCUCAUUAACUUCCCUACUGAUUCUGUGUGUGCCAGACAAAGGUGCAGCCAUGGACAUCGGCGGUUUGGAAACGGUGGUGGCAAACUCUGCCUACGUUUCAGCCCGUGGCAGCGUGGACGGAGGAGCAGCAGCAGCCAUGCGUGACAAGAAGAUGCGUGCCAGGCUGAGGCUCCCACACAUCAGAGACUGUGAACACAUGAAAACAUCCAUAGACACAACCUUUGACUUCAUGUGUGUCAAACAGCCUGUCGGCAAGCGCCUGUUCCAGCAGUUUCUGGAGAGUGAAGCAACCCACAAAAACGCCGGAGAGCUGUGGAAAGACAUCGAAGACUACACCGUAUGUAAAGAAGCGGAGCGAGUGCAGAAGGCCCAGAAAAUUGUCAAUAAUUACUACAAGUCAGCUUCAAAGAGUUUUUGCAGCUUCUUGGAGGAGAAGGCCGUCGCUCGAGUUGUAGAAGACUUCAAGAACGUCCGUGGUGACCUGUUUAAAGAGAGCGAGCAGCAGCUGCUUAAACACCUGGAGAAGGCGGCCAAAGAUGGCUUCAAGGACAGCAUGUACUUCCUGCGUUUCGUUCAGUUCAAAUGGCUGGAGAGCCAGCCUUUUGAUGAGGAGUGGUUCGCGGACUUCAGGGUCCUGGGUAAAGGAGGUUUUGGGGAAGUGUUUGCUUGUCAGGCUAAAGCAACAGGCAAAAUGUACGCCAACAAGAAGCUGGAGAAAAAGAGGCUGAAGAAACGCAAAGGCUACGAGGGAGCAAUUGUGGAGAAGCGCAUCCUUGCAAAAGUUCACAGCCGCUUCAUUGUGACGCUGGCUUAUGCCUUCCAGACCAAGACCGACCUCUGCCUAGUCAUGACCAUCAUGAACGGUGGAGAUCUCAGAUAUCAUAUGUAUAAUGUGGAUGAAAAGAAUCCUGGUUUUAAUGAGAAGAGAGCAAGUUUCUAUACAGCUCAGGUCAUCUGUGGGAUGGAGCACCUUCACCAGCACAGGAUCAUCUACAGAGACCUGAAACCAGAGAACGUGCUACUGGAUGAUGCAGGACAUGUCCGCCUGUCAGAUUUGGGUCUGGCUGUUGAACUUCCACCAGGAAAAGACACAACUACUGGAUACGCAGGAACUCCAGGUUUCAUGGCUCCAGAGCUGCUCCAGAAGAAGCAGUACGACUACUCGGUGGACUAUUUUACGCUGGGAGUCACACUGUUCGAGAUGAUUGCCGCCAAAGGGCCCUUCAGAGUACGAGGAGAGCAGGUUGAGAACACGGAGGUAGCUCGCAGGAUCUUGAAUGAUCCAGUUGCUUAUACACCGAGCUUCAGCAAAGAGUGCAAGGAUCUCUGUGAAGGCCUGAUGACCAAAGAUCCGGCCAAACGCCUCGGGUUCAAAAAUAACGAGUGCGAGGAGCUCAAGAAUCAGCCCUUCUUCAAAGACAUUAACUGGGGCCGUCUGGAAGCAGGUAUGCUACCUCCACCAUUUGUCCCGGAUCCCAGGGCGGUCUACGCCAAAGAUAUUGACGAUGUGGGCGCCUUCAGCACAAUGAAAGGCGUGGUCCUGGAUAACAAGGACACCGAGUUCUACGAUGACUUCUCUUCCGGCAAUGUCCCGAUCCCCUGGCAGGACGAGAUGAUCGAGACAGGCGUGUUUGGAGAGAUGAACAUCUGGGGGGAGAACGGCAAGCUGCCCAAUGACCUCGACCCAAACUUCGUGGAAACCAAAAGCGGAGGAUGUGUGCUCCUUUAGAAACAGAGCAGAGGGAAGAAUAUUGUAUAUUAAACACAUUUAGAUUCAGUUUGCGCUCAUUUGAUGCCACUUAAUCCUAAUCUGAAUUAUCUCUCAUUUGUACAAUAAUUUGUUAUUGUUGUAAUAAAUGUAUUUGUGUAUUUAAAUAUUAUUAUCAUGUACCUAUAUUGUAUAUUAUAGUGUUAAUGUAAAAGUGGCAGCUUGGUAAAACAACAUUAUUUUUGUUUAGUAAUUACAGUCAAAUUAUUUUGUAGAGAAAUUACAUGCAAUGUUUAUAUAACAUUAAUUUAUUUGGACCAAAGAAAAGUAUUGACAUUGUAACAUUAUGUAAUUAUUCUUUAUUUAUUCAUUAUAUAACAAAUAGUAUUUAAGUUAUUAUGAUGGCAAAUAUUGUAGACAGAAGAGUUAAAAGCAAUC